AUGCAUGCUGUGACCGAUCGUGCCUCUCCUUAUGCCACGUUGUAUAAAGAAGCUUUUAGUAUCGUGCGCGAUCCAUUGGUCUAUCUAUUCCCGGCAUAUACCCGCAUUCCAUCGCGUUGGAUCCCAUAUCGAUACAGGGCACGGCAAGCGAAUGAGCGACUGCGUCAAAUUCUGUAUAAAAUUAUCGAGGACCGAAAGCAAGCGAUUACAGACAACACCAACAACGACCAGUCCAAGAAGGAUCUAUUGACAAUGAUGAUCGAAGCGUCCGUCACCCAAUUUUCACCCGAUUCGGAUUCUCUCGGAAGCUCGCAUGCUUUUCUUACCGAUGGCGAACUCGUAUCGAAUCUUGCCGUGUUUUUUGUGGCAGGCCAUGAAACAACGGCAAGCGCUACAGCGAGCAUGAUCUACUACUUGGCAUCCCACCCCGAGAUACAAGAAAGAGCGCGAAUGGAGGUACUUUCAAUACUCGGUGACGACGACCAAGAUGUGGCGCCCACCGAAGAACAGUUGCGUCAAAUGCCGUUCCUCAAUAAUUGUAUCAAAGAAACGAUGCGGAUCAACCCUCCUACCUCUGGAAAUUUGCCACGGAUCGCAGCGCAAGAUACACGUAUUGGCGACUUUUUUAUUCCCAAAGGCACACCCAUUUCGCUGGAGUUGUACUGCGUGCAUCAUCUCGCAAAAUACUGGCACGAACCUCAAGUAUUCAAUCCUGAUCGAUUCGAUCCUACGCAUGCCUCAUAUAUGAAAGAUGCCAUCUGGAUGCCCUUUGGUUACGGACCACGUACUUGUAUCGGAUCCAACUUUAGUUUGUUUGAACAACGCGUACUUCAUGCCAUGCUUUUGAAACGGUAUACAUGGUCUUUAGUCCCCAACAGUGAACAUGCCAAUGGUCUGCAAAAUCAGCGAGGCGGCGGCAUCGGUCUCUUGGGUCCCGAAACACUACAUAUUCAAUUGACGAGACGAUACUAG